AUGGGCUCUUACAAAUCCUGUCAAGGUCGCUCUGGCAGCGGUGGCAGUUGCAGCUCAACCGAUACAGCUGCUUCGGAUCGAUCAAAGAGCACCGCUCCAACUCUCCUCAGUGAGCGGGCCAUGUUCGGUCCUAAAUAUCAAAAGUGGCCGGAAUACGAAUACCUCGAUGAAAUUCCAAUCUCAGUCUCCGUCGAAGAAGAAGACGAGGAAGAUGAGUACUACGACGAUCAUGAUCCUCGAGACUCCGUCUCAACAUACGCCUCCACCACUCAUUCCAAAGCCCACGUCGACCCCGAAGAACCCAUCUUUGAAGUCGACGACAGAGAAGAAUCUUUCCCAUCAGACGCCCUCGCUUCAACACCAUCUUCCUUUGCAAAUCUCUUCCCUUCAACCCGCCGUCUCCUCAUCCGCCACGACGACGCCACGAUCGACGGAAACAUGAAUCUCCGCGUCGACACCGUCGUACCCUGUCGCGACGGCUACCAACAAGACGUCAUCCUCUUCCAUCUCCGCAUGUACGACCUCUUCUCACGAAAGUGCUCUUUCCGCCGAUACUGCCGCGACUCCGGCCGCGAAGUAUGUCACUCCCUCCGCAAAGAAGUGAACCCCCCACACGACCGCCGCCCCGUCUUCCGCCGUUCCUGGAACAGCAUGCUAGCCAGCUUCCGACCCAGUUCCAGCGGUAGUAAUAGUCAUCACGGCCACGCACCGAUGAUAGACCACCUCAAACGUCAAGAUUCAGGCUACGGACCCGGAAAGAAACACGACCUACACGCCCUCGCCAACGACCUCGCCAACCAAGAACCUUCAUCCUCCUCCUCAACAUCUGCCCCACACGACAAACACCUCGCGGACACGAUUCUCCUCGAAUUCUCCAACUACGCACACGUCGAACUCAAGCGCCGCGGCGGACCCGGCGCUAAGCGCUAUGAGUACGAGUACUGGAGUACCCGGUACCAGUGGCGCUGCGAGUGUCGGCGCGAGGGGGAUCUGCGUGAAGUCUCGUAUUAUCUGGUUGACAUGCGGUCAUCCAAGACAAUCGCACAUAUGGUUCCGGAUAUACUGACGCCGUUGGAGGCGGUCGAGGAGGAGAGUAAAGGUGGUUGGGUGCCGCCGUCGAGUUUGUGGAUAAGUGACCCCGCCGUUUAUGAGCGGAUGCCUGAUAUUGCCGACGUCAUCGUCGCAACGGGCCUGAUCACCCUCGUAGACGACUGCAUCCGACGACGCUGGCACAACGAGCGCCGCGGGUCAUGGAUCCUACCAAGUGGGUCCGCGCUAUCGCGGAGUCUGGAACGGAUGGGUCCACGCCGUUUAAUCGGUGAAGUCUUGCAGCGUCGUGGAUCUGCGUAG